GAGAGACUUUCGUGAUGGCGGAAGCGAUAUGCCGCAAGUUCCUCGACGCAGCGCGGGUCGCCCGAGACAUUCAAAGAGAUCGAUCAGACUACACGCAGUUCCCCAAGAUCUUUACAGUCCCGACCGAAGCCCCAUGGCCUGCCCACCUCCAGGGCGAAACGUUGUUCAGCGCGAACCUGCGGUGUCUCUACAAGACGAACAAGAUCGACGACACGACGUUGGACGAAUUCAACGCCCUUCACUUUGUGUGGGACCCUGUGCAGCACCAGCGAAACAUGGAAAUCUGUGCGCUUCAGGCGUAUCGUGCCGUGUUCGGACACGUAAGGGUUCCGAGUUUGUUUGUCGUACCAGACAAGGACGACCAAUGGCCCAAGGACACGUGGACCCUGCCCCUCGGUGUCAUCACAAAGACGCUCCGUUCAUCAUGGACCUCCUUGCCCGAGGCCUCACGCGCCGCACUCGAACAAGUCGGCAUUCAUCAGACAGACGUUGCAUGGCCCAUGGAGUCGCAGGUCGCCGCGUUCAAGUGGUUCAAACAAGCCCACGGUCAUGUCGACAUACCUGGCGAUUUCGUCGUUCCGUCUCAAGAGGAUACCAUGUGGCCAUCGACGUUGUGGGGGUUACCCCUAGGCCUCGUAGCGUCCGAUUUGCAAGCGAACCCCCUCAAGCUGAGCCAGGCAGAGUACACCGAGCUCAAGGCGUUGGGUGUGGCGUUCGAGGGCGUGGACACAGUUCAUUGGGACGAAAAGGUGCAGGCGCUGAUCGUAUAUGGGAAGAUUCACGGGGAUUUGCUGGUUCCGUCGCGGUUUAAAGUGCCCAAGAACGACAUGCAGUGGCCACACUCGAUGUGGGGCAUGGGGCUGGGUGGCGUGGUCAGCCGCCUUCGACGGGACGCCAGCGUCGUGCCUGCCGAUCGGUACAAGCAGCUCUUGGACAUGGGGUUUGUCUGGAACAUGGACGAGUUUGUGUGGAACCUCAAGAUCCGCGCGUUGGAAACGUACAAGGCGCUGUAUGGCGACCUCAAAGUUCCCCAAGUGUUCAACGUCCCUACCCACGACUCGAGGUGGCCCCCAGAGUCGCGCGGGUACAAACUAGGCCGAGCGAUCGACCGAUUGCGCGAAUACCGCGGCAUUCUACCGCGGCAUCGCAUCGACCAGCUCUCCGCCAUGGGGUUUGUGUGGCGGUGCCGUCGACAGCGCCAGCCCAAACCACUCAACGCCCCAACGUUUCACGAACUGUAGCUCUGAUAUACAGUAACGUUAGCCGCGUUAUUUACAAAAAAUAGUACUAUUAAUAUUAUCGAUUUGAUACAAAUUAUCAAUUCGACAAUAUUAUCGAUUUG